AUUUCUUAAUUGGUUAUGAACAGUGCAUUUUCUUUUGUUAUCUCGAGAAAUCUCCAAGAAUUUUGUAAAAUAUUGUAAUUGGAUGGUAUGUUUCAAUAGUUCAAUUCAACUAUUCAAGUAAGGCCACAUGUAAAAGUUGUACUUUCGUCAGACCCCACUUGCCUUAUUUUACUAUAUCUCUCUGCACCUUCCACUUUCACAUGUUCACUGAGAGGGUUAAUUUGUCUGUUCUGGAUUAGCUAUGAAGUACUAGUGGUGAAUUCAUUGCUUUAUUUUGUGUGUGUUUAUUUGUUGUAAUAGACCUUUUUUUUAAGACAAGAAUCUAACAAAAGUUUGUGUCUUUAAGCUUCUUUAAUUGGUCUGUUUGUUCAGAUUUCAUGUGAUUAGAGGAGUCUUGAAUUUUCAAAGUUUCUUUGUUUUUGCAAAUUAGGUAUUCAUUUCUGGUUUCUUUUACUUUCACCAGCUAUUCUUGUUGUCAUUCCUUUUGAUGGUAGUGGUGGACAGAAAGUGUUAAAUUCGCUUUCUAGUAUUAUUUUCAUAAACAUAUAGGGAGUGAGAGAGAGGGCUUAUAUUUUGGAGCCUAUUCAGUACUUGUUCAAAAGUUUGAACUUUGCAGUUUGUGGCCAUUGGUUGCAGAAACCAUGGCUUCUCUUCUGCGAAAUUUCUGGGCAACCCCUCGUUUUGCUCUUAACCAAGACUAUAAGCCUCAGUGUAUAGCUCAAAUCAGGUGCUUAGCUAGCAGGGACUCCACGUUAUUGUCUUCAGAUACUGUUAGAGUUAAUGGUGUACCAUCUAUUGAGGAAAGGGAGAAAGUUAUCCCAAUAGAUGAUGUGGAAAACGGUCAUCUGUCUUCAAGUAUUAAGGAGAAGAGCAAGGAGGAUAUUCAAGACAAGUUGGAACCCCUUUGGGAUGACGGAUAUGGAACUCAAACUGUGAAGGAUUUUCUUGAGAUAGGAUCGGACAUUAUUAAGCCCGAUGGAGGUCCUCCGCGGUGGUUUACUCCCAUAUCAGCUGGCCCUCCUUUGAAAGACUCUCCUCUCCUUCUUUUUCUGCCUGGAAUGGAUGGCACUGGGUUGGGUCUUGUUUUACAUGAGAAGGCUCUUGGGAAAGUUUUUCAGGUUUGGUGCUUGCAUAUUCCUGUGUAUGAUAGAACACCGUUUGACGAGCUGGCGGAAUAUGUCGAGGAAACUGUGAGGAUGAGGCAUGCUUCAUCUCCAAACAAGCCUAUUUAUUUAGUUGGAGAUUCAUUUGGAGGGUGCUUGGCUCUUGCUGUUGCUGCUCGUAACCCUAAGAUUGACCUUGUUCUAAUAUUAGCUAAUCCAGCAACUUCAUUUGGCAGGAUGCCUCUCCAACCUCUGCUUCCUCUUCUAAAGUCUUUGCCUGAUGAAUUUCAUGUGACAGUCCCUUAUCUUCUGAGCUUUAUUAUGGGUGAUCCAAUGAAGAUGGCGAUGGUUAACAUUGAUUCCAUGCUUCCUCCUAGACAAAUUAUUCAACAUCUCUCUGACAACCUCACUGCUUUCCUGGCCCACCUUUCUGGUGUGGCUGAUAUUAUACCAAAGGCAACUCUUCUCUGGAAGUUGAAGCUUCUUAGAUCUGCUUCAUCUUAUUCAAAUUCCCGUCUCCAUGCUGUUAAUGCUGAAGUACUUGUGCUUGCUAGUGGCAAGGACAACGUGCUUCCAAGUGCAAAUGAAGCUCAGAGGCUAGCAAGUUCAUUAAGAAACUGCAAAGUACGGUACUUCAAAGACAAUGGACAUGCUAUUUUAUUGGUAAGUGGGGAGUUCUUCCCUUUUUGGGCUCUUAUCAUGCUUCUUCCUUGAAAAAAAAUAAAACUAACUGCUUUCUUUCAGGAGUUACUGUCCUUACUAUAUUUGUGGUAACUUUAAAGUUUAAUCAGACGGUAGCUGUAGGGAGCCUCGAUAACUUAUCAUUGUUUUUAAAUUUAAGUUUCAUAUUGAUUUAAUUCCCAAUUGUUUUUCUUGUUUCUCUAGGUGCCCUAGAAAUAGAUAUUAAGAUAACACUUCACUCUUACUUUAAUUUACCGAUCCAAAAUAAGCUGCCACUUGCAGCUUGCACUUCUUAGUUUUCGAAGUUAGAACAAUUGAAUAAUUUAAAAGUUUUCUAUAAGUACAAGUCCAUCUGGACCUUUUAGAUUUUUUUUCUCAAGUGGUGUUCGGUGUUUAGAUAAUAAUGGCAUUUGAACAUGCUUAAGAUUUUAUCAAGUUCAAACAUGAAGUUUGCAGUAAAAGUAGCAUUAGAA